UCCGCGAAUAGUCGCGCAAAACACGUCGAACGAAAUCGAGCGUGCGGUGCCCGAGUGACUGUGGGUGACAUUGUGGCUUUUACAUAACCUUACAAAUGAAAAAAAAUUAACUAAAAAAAAAUGGCAUCGAAAUUUAGGAAAUUAGCCAUUGGUGGCCUAGCGGGCACUAUAGGAGCUGGAGUCGCCACAUAUGUAUUAUUAAACGAUAAUAUGAAAUUUGCGACCGUAAAAGCCGAACAAAAACACCAAAAACGCUUCAAACGUCACCUGCCAACCAGAGACGAACAAAUCAAGUCGCUCAAGACAGAAUCCUUCGAUGUUUUGAUCAUCGGCGGGGGUGCCACAGGGUCCGGCUGCGCCUUGGACGCCCAAACGAGAGGAUUAAAGACGGCCUUGAUCGAAGCCGAUGAUUUUGCCAGUGGUACCUCUAGCAGAAGCACCAAGUUGAUCCAUGGCGGGGUCAGAUAUUUGCAGAAAGCGAUCAUGCAGCUCGACAUUGAGCAGUACAGGAUGGUUAAGGAAGCUUUGCACGAAAGGGCCAGUAUGUUGGAGUCUGCACCACAUUUGGCACAUCCUUUGCCCAUCAUGUUGCCAGUAUACACCUGGUGGCAAGUCCCAUACUACUGGUUUGGCAUCAAAAUGUACGACAUAGUAGCUGGCUCCAAAACAGUAAAAAGUUCCUACCUUCUAUCAAAAAAGAACGCAUUGGAAUUGUUCCCAAUGUUGCGCGGCGAUAGGCUCUGUGGUGCUAUAGUUUACUACGAUGGCCAGCAAGAUGACGCUAGAAUGAACCUAGCAAUCGCUGUUACAGCCGCCAGACACGGUGCUACAGUUUUGAAUCACGUAUCAGCUACAAAUUUGAUUAAGGAGAAAGUUGGCGGUAAAGAAAUUAUUACUGGCGUUGGUGUUAAAGACGAGAUGACCGGUAAAACAUGGAACGUUCCAGCUAAAUGCGUUAUCAACGCCACUGGACCGUUCACUGACAGUAUAAGAAAAAUGGACAACCCUACAAUCAAGGAAAUAUGCUGCCCUAGCAGUGGUGUACAUAUCACUUUACCAGGAUAUUACAGCCCCGAACAAAUGGGACUUCUGGAUCCAUCUACCAGUGACGGUAGGGUUAUUUUCUUCCUACCAUGGCAAAAACAUACCAUCGCUGGUACCACCGACUUACCCUGCAAUGUUACACACAACCCUAAACCUACGGAAGACGAAAUUCUAUUCAUCCUUGAAGAAGUCAAGAACUACCUCAACCCAGAUGUUGAAGUACGCAGGGGUGAUGUUUUGUCUGCAUGGAGCGGUAUAAGACCAUUGGUAUCAGACCCCAACAAACCAGACACUCAAUCACUAGCUAGAAACCAUAUUGUACACGUGAGCGAUUCAAACUUGGUCACUAUUGCUGGAGGCAAAUGGACCACAUACAGAUCAAUGUCUGAGGAAACCAUUGAUGCUGCAGUUAAAGCUUGCAACUUGAAGCCUACACAUGAGAAGAGUCAAACUGACGGUUUAUUAUUGGAAGGUGCUCACGAGUGGACUCCAACGAUGUACAUAAGAUUGGUACAAGAUUUUGGUUUGGAAUGCGAAGUCGCUCAACAUUUGGCCAAGUCUUAUGGUGAUAGAGCGUUUACUGUAGCCAAAAUGGCCGCCUUAACAGGUAAAAGAUGGCCAAUCAUCGGGAAAAAACUGCACCCAGAAUUCCCUUACAUCGACGCCGAAGUACGUUAUGGAGUCCGCGAAUACGCGAUGACAGCUAUCGACAUGAUCGCCAGAAGAGUCCGUUUGGCUUUUUUGAACGUACAAGCAGCACAAGAGGCACUUCCCGAUAUCAUCAACAUCAUGGCUGAAGAACUCAACUGGUCCGAGGAAGAAAAGAAGAAACAGACAACUUUGGCGUCCGAGUUCUUGCAGAAUGAGAUGGGACAAGGUGUUAAUAGAGCCAGCAGAGAUAAGAUACCGAUUAAUUUGAGUAAAGAGGAAAUCCAGCUUUACAUCAAACGCUUCCAAUUUAUCGACAAAGACCGUAAGGGAUACGUAUCCAUCAAUGACAUACGUAGAAGUUUAAAGCAACAUGGUGAGAAAGAGGUCGCCGGCGAGGAGUUGCACGAGAUUUUAAAGGAAAUCGAUACCAAUAUGAACGGCCAAGUCGAACUAGAUGAAUACUUGCAGAUGAUGUCUGCGAUCAAAUCAGGUCACGUGACGUAUUCGAGAUUCGCCAGAAUGGCAGAAUUGGAAGAAUUCAAGCACGAAAAAGAAAUGUUGAAGAAGAAAAUCGAAGUCGACCGUAGUGGUGGUGGACUUUAAACUUAAAAAAAAUCGUGUAAAUUUUAAAUUACUAGAAACAAACUAAGUCAUUUUUUCAUUUGUCUAUACUACAUAUACACAUUCAUCUUAACUAUUUCACUAUCAUGUUACAUAGCACAAAUUUUGUAAUUAUAUUGUAUAAAAAAUGUAAUUUUAAUCUCAGGAAUAUCAAAAUUAAUUAUUUAUGGUAUUUAUUAAAUGAUAUAUAUAUUUAACAGGAUUUUAAAAUUUUUUGUGAUCAU